AUGAGUCACAUGAACAGACUAUGGAUGGCCGUGGCGGUGGUGAACGGCCACACGGACCAGGGGCAUAAGCUCAAAUCCGGCCUCAAAUCGCUCAACCAUGGCAAGAAGCACUGUUUCCCCGCCGCCGGAGAUGCGGCGGACGUCCGGCCUAUUUCCGGCGCGCUCAACUCCGAGAUGGGGGGAUUCUUCGGCGGCGGCGGCGGCGGUGGCGGCGAAGAUAAGAGGAAGCAGGCUGAGGAUUCCCUCCGGCAAGUUAUGUACCUGAGCUGCUGGGGUCCGAGCUGA